UUUGACAUUUCGUUGAUCUCCUAAAACCCCCCAUGCAUUCCUCGACCCGUUUUACAUGCUUCGCCUUCACCCCAAAGGAUUUCUGCACCCUCCUUGAUUCAAGGUUUUAGGUUGCAAGGCCUUUGUCAUGCGUGUCCACAUCUCCUCACCACCCAACCACAUGAGCAAACCAUCCUUUAAGACGGAGGCCGAUUCUUCACAUGCUUUGUUGGUGUUCUUCCCUUCUUUGCUUCAUCUUAAGGAUGGCUUUCUUUCCUCAGGAAGACAAAUCCAAGCUCGCAUCGAACGGUUCCAAAUCCCUUCCGGAGCUCCUCAGGAAGGCUUGUGCUCAGUGCCAUGGCUCCGGCCUCAGAACUCUUUCCAAUCUGAGCUCCGUCGAUGAGAGCACUCUUGACAGUGAUCUCGAUCACAAACAGCGGAUAAUACUGGAGAUUCGAAGUCGAGCGAUGAAGACGAAGUCGAGGCCUCAUGAGUUGCUAUUCUCUGGGAAGCUCGCUCGGGAUGUGUCACCAACGACAGGAAGAGCGGAUAUAACCGGAGAGGAAGAACACGAUGACGAUGAUGAGAGCGAAGCAUUCUUCUCGGUGAAGAGCUGCUUUUCUUGCUGCUCCACUGAUGGUUCGACAGAGUUGGAGGAGUUCGGCUCGUUACUGGGAGAGUUCCGACACUGCGAAGGGUGGCCUUUCGGCCUGCGCCGGAGAGCUGUUGCCCUUCCACCGCUGCCGAGCUCUCCUUCGGACUCAUGGAUGUGGCACAAGAGAAACCUUGUCACUAGAACUUCGCCAAAAGGCUUAGCUUUGAAACCAUGACCGACACACACGAGAUUUUAUGGAAUAUGAAAGAACUGGAAAUCUCUGUCCAUUUCUUCUUUACAUAUGAUGUAGGCUUAGCACCAUUUUAGCUUUUAGUUCUUUUAUGUGGUUACUCUACAUGUGUAUUUUGUAUUAGAAUAAUGUCUGUUAUGAUGAAAAUAAUAUCAUGGCAUUUGGUUCAUCGAAUA